AUGAAGUUAACGAUGCUCGAAGCAUUCUUUGUGAUGCUUAUUAUGGCACUGAUGUUAUUCGCCAAUGUACACGCUGAUAUAGAUAGCGCUUUUAAGAUUCAAGAGAAGUUUAAUGAAUUUAUGGUUCGUAACGAAGAGACACUAUCAGAUAUCGAUUCAUCUAGUGAAACUAUGAGCGAUUAUACGCCGAUUCCAAAUACUUAUCUAGUAGAAUUUGAUCAAAAUGCUCGUAUCAGAAACUUCGAACAGGUUAUUGGUGACUAUUUGGAAAGGAACCGUGGAAUUCCACGAUCGGCUAUCAGAAUGCGGCAAAUCAUAUCUUCAUCAUUAUUUUCUGGAGCUUCGUUCUCAGUAAACGUUGAACACUCGGUCAAAUCAAUUGAAUCUAUCCCCAACGUUAUAUCGGUUUAUCCAGUUUAUUCUGUUUCCGGUCCGAAAUAUUUCAAACACUACGCAUCAUCUGCUAUAAAAAGCAACGAGCGCGCAGCUUCUGCCAUUGCACAUGAUUUGACCGGCGUCGCACAAGUUCAUGAUGAAAUAAAAAACUUCGGGAAAGGUGUCCGAGUUGCUGUGAUUGAUACUGGCAUUGAUUAUUUGCAUCCAGCUUUAGGAGGUUGUUUUGGGCCCACUUGUAAAGUUGCAUUUGGCUAUGACUUGGUUGGAGAUGGAUAUAGUUCAGCUAAUCCGAAUCCAGUGCCCGAUGACGAUCCACUCGAUAACUGCUCUGCUGGAUCGCAUGGUACUCAUGUUGCUGGAAUUGUUGCUGCUAAUGCUACGGCCAUUUCUCAAACAGGCUUCACUCCUAUUGUACCCUUCGUCGGUGUUGCUCCUCAAGCAAUACUCGGUGCAUAUCGCAUAUUUGGAUGUAAUGCAGAUUCAACUGGCACAGACAUGAUCACUGCAGCAAUUUAUCUUGCUUUCGACCAGAAGGCAGAUAUAAUUACGAUGUCCGUCGGAGGCCCAGGUUCAUUUGCAGAGACAUCCGAUGCAAUAGCUGCUCAGCGUGUAACAGAUAAGGGAGUCUAUUUCACAAUUUCACAAGGCAAUGAUGGCGCUCAAGGUCUGCAAACGGGUGGAAAUCCAGCUAUUUCUUCUGGUGCCAUGGCAGUAGCUUCUGUUGACAACUCUAAUGUGCCUCAGCUUUACUUUAUUACACCUGAUGGGAAAGAAAUUUUCUAUUCUGCCGGAAAUAGCUUUGGCGGAUGGCAAUCUAAUGUGAAUUCGAUCAUUGUUGUCAACGAUCGACAAGCUACAGUAAAUGAUGGAUGUAGUGAUCCAGUCAAACCUGUCACGGGCGCUGUUGUUUUGUAUUCGUAUAAUCCAGCAGAUACAUGUAACUCAGCUGUUAGAUGCGAUAAAGCAGCUGACGCUGGUGCCAGUGGCUGUCUUAUAUACAAUGUUGGUGCUAUCACAGGAUCGUCGAAGAUUCCCAGUGGAAGCAUCAGCUUGGCUGAUGGCCAACGUAUUCUUGCAAUAACGGCACAAAAUGCAUCAGCUCUAUUUUCAUUUACUAACAGGCUGGGUUUUGCUUCUAUCGCAACAGCUGGGACACUGUCUUCGUUCAGUGCGUUUGGUCCCACGGGUGAUCUUCUAUUUAAACCUCAAAUAACUGGUAUUGGUGGUUUUGUUUAUUCGACUAUAUCAUCAUAUGCUGCCGCACAACAAAAGAUGAGUGAUGCAUAUGCUGCUUACUCUGGUACAAGUAUGGCUUGUCCUUAUCUUGCUGGAACAUUGGCACUUUUCCUUGCACAAAUUGGUAAUCCUGGUCCAGAAACAGUUGGCAAUAAUUCGACAAAUACAACUCGCCGCCCAUCGUUCUCAGAAGUCCGCAACUUAUUUCAAUCAAAUGCUAAACCAGUGAAUAUAUAUGGUACACAGAUGCUUGCAACGAUUGUUAGACAAGGAGCCGGUUUAGUCAAUGUUUUUCAAGCUUUAACAGCUAACACGAUCAUUUCACCGAGUGAACUUGCCUUGAACGAUACGCUUAGACAAGAAAAAUCGUACACAAUCAAAGUGUCAAAUAUCGGUAAAAAAACAGCUUGGUACAAGAUAAGUCAUCGCGGAGCUGCACUAGCUACUGGAGCUCAACCAGAAAGCGAUCAACUUCUACCCACACCAGUAUAUAGUAGUGAUUAUGCUGAUGUUUUUAUUUGGCCAUCAAGUUUCAAACUUCAACCAGGAGAAUCAUUUAUUGUCACUCUACGAUUUCGAGCUCCUCUCACAGCUCGACCAGAGCUUCUUCCGAUUUUCUCCGGCUUUAUCACCGUUUCGAAUUAUGUUGAUGGCAAAGUAUCUCAUGUUCCAUAUGCUGGUGUUGUGGGUGAUUAUAAAAAUGCAAAAAUUUUAGUUCGCAGGAGUCCAUUGGGUGUCGGAACAGGACUAUAUACUGCAAAUGGUUUGAUGAUCUCGAAUGGGCAAAAUAUGAAUUUUACUACUUCCACUGGGCAUCUAGUCAUAUUGACUAUAGCUUGGACAACACGUGUUAUUUUCAUCGAGGUUGUUUCAGCAGAAGAAAGCACUCAUUACGCUGCUGAUCAGAGCCUCGGUAUGGUUUACGGUGGUCCAGGAACAGGUCCACUCUACUUUUAUAAUGUACCGAAAAAUGGUGCUACACUUACAGGUCAAGGGUACAGACCAUACUACGGCUUUGCAUGGACUGGCUACGUUGUUAAAAUAGAUCCAGAUCAAGAAAACACAUUUAACGCGACUAGACUUCUUCCUGGUCAAUACAAACUUCGAUUUUCGGCUCUCAAACAUUUUGGAGAUCGUAAUAAUAACAACGAUUACGACGUACACUAUACACCAAUGUUCCAUGUGGUGUAUUAG